ACCACCUCCUCCUCCUCCUCCUCCUCGCCCACCUGGCCGCGGGUCGGCCGUCCCCGCCGCGCUCGGCAGCAGGAGCCGCCACAGCAUGUUGCCCAGGGGAGCCUCGUCCAUGCCGCCGCCUCCCGCCCCUGCUGCCUACUUCCCGCCCCCCCGGGUCACUUUGCCCUCCGGCCUGGAGAUCCUGCGUACCUACUCGGGAGCCGUCAUCUUCCUGGAGAUCCUGUUUGGAACGAUAGUCUGGAUUUUGGUAGCUUCUACUGGAGUUCCACUGCCACUGCUGCAGGGAUGGGUAAUGUUUGUAGCAGUGACUGCGUGGUUCCUGUCCAUUGUGUUCUUGUGUGUGUUCCUCUUCGGUUAUGCAAAUAGAAUUGCUGUCAACUGGAACCAGACGGAUUUUCUUUUCCAUGGGGCUACUUUUGUCUUUUAUUUUGGAGCUUUUCUACUGCAAGCAGCAACUACAUCUCUGCAUCACUUUCCCCGCAAAUUCAAUUCCACCACACAGGAGAAGAUUCUAGCUGAUCAUGAAUAUAACAUAAGCAUAGCAGCCUCGAUUUUUGCCUUUGCUACAGCUGUUUGUUAUGGUUGCAGCACAGCCCUGGCAUUAAGGAGAUGGAGGCUAUAGCAGUUGAAGAGAGGUUAAUGUCCGAGUGUUCCACUUCAGAUCAAAUUGAGCUACUUGUCUGUUUUACUGUAAUCUAAUUCCAAAAAGACUUUUUUCGCUUAAAAUGUGUUUUAAAGUGCUGAAAUGCAAAUAACCUCUAAUCAGGAUUUCCUUAACGGAAAACAAGUUUCCAUCUCUUCCCUUUCUAAUUUUUACUUUUAUAGUGUACUCAUUAGAAGCAUACUCAUUGUAUGGUAUUAUAGAGUUCAGGGAUAAACAGAUGUGUCGUUGGCAGAUAACAGAAUUCUAGUGCUAAAUCAGAAGAGGAAGAAAAUGGAAACUAAACCAACAUGUUAACUGCAUAGGCAGCUAAAAAGCUCCCCCCUUGUUAAGUCCUGGGAUUGGGCCCUAAGUGUUUUGCAGCAUUACAGUGCAUUCCACGCAGGUAGAGCCUUGAGGCUCCUUGUAGAGUCAUGGGUUUUCUGUGUGCUGCUCCUUGCACGAUCAGAGCCCAAGCUGACUUUGUGAUACCAACUUAGUAUAUAUACUAUUAACUUUGAUGUACAGAGAAAAUAUUUUAAAUAUCCAUCCAGUGAAAUAUUUUGAUACUCUUUUAUAGCCAUAUCCAGCUAUGGUCAUCUGAUCCUUAAAGCUUACUGUAUUCUGUAGUAGAUGGAAACUGUUUGGAACUGUCAGUCAGUAGUUCAUUAGUUUUAGGAAUUCAGCUUAAUCAGAUCUAUUUAUACUGCAAAACAAAACAGUGCAUUUGUGUUGUGUGUGUAUAUACAUGGUAUAUUUUUGUUUAACAGGAAUAUUUGCACUGUUUUACUUUGUUGGAGUACAGCUUUGUUUUUGUUACUUCAAGUGCUGCAUUUGUUACUUAUUAUGUGAGUCAAUAUCAUUUGAAUGGAACGUUACCAAAUGGUGAAUAAUGUCUGACCUCAGUUCUUGCAGUGUAUUAUUUGUUGCAUUCUAAACCUGCAGUGUUGUAAAGGUGUUUUUAUUUGGACAGAUGCCUAUGCAACAUCUUACUAAAAGCAGUGGAAUGCAAAGCAGUCCGCCCACUAUGGAGUUUGCUUUUGGCACGAAUGAAGUUUAAUUGAGCCUCUCUUGAAUAUCCCUGUUGUAUAAUGACAUGCAAUAUUAUAUAUAAAAAAUUAAUUUAACAAAACUAAACAAUAGCAUUGCGCUCUGCUCCCUAGCACUCAUGCUGUUUUGCAGAUGGUGAAACUUUUUUUUUUAAAUAAUGCUAGUAAAUAAUUUUUGCUCUUGUGAAUAGUGCCAAAUUGAUAACCUGGGAGAAUAAAGGCUCCCUGUCAUUCGUAAAACAACUUGCUCACCACAUCUUGCCAGUGCACCUGGAUAUUCUGCAGAGGCCAGCAGUGGUUGGGUAAGGGAAGACAGGACUUUCUUCAUUCCCAGGCUUACUCAUUCUCCUUGAGCCAAAAAGGGUGUCUGCUAUGAAGGUUACCUUAUCAAACUUGUCAGGUACAAGGAUCUCCGAGAGCCAGCCACCCUCAGUAGUGCCCUGCAGUCCCUACUGACCCUGCUGAUCCAUCUUAUGGAUGACAUAGCAGUGAGUGGCAGCCCUUCUGACUACUGGAACCACUCAGUCGUCCUGAAUUACUGCAAUGGGAUGUUUUCGUAUAUCUUGUUUUCUGAAAUUUUUAUCUUCCAAAGAUUUUGUACUCUGGCUGAUGUUUUUUUUUCUAAUUCUCUACUUGCAUUGGAACUUGUUUUGUGAACAUUUUAUCUAGAGCCAUAUACUUUUAAAAAUACUUCAUAUUGUAUAAAAUACAUUUACACUGGAGUAUAUGGAUGAAAGUAUAUAACAAAGACUUAUGCUAAUCAGCAUUAAAGUUA